UUUAGUUUAGCUGCACAAUGUAGGAUCGCCGUUAUUUGGCCGCGGAAGGCAAUUUCGUAUUUCUGUUUACAAUGUGAUGUUGCUAGUUUGACUUCUAUUGCACUUCCCGGUGGCGGAUAUUUUUGUACAACAUUUAUGAUAAUGCACCCGAUGGCGAUUUGUAGUGUUAGUGGUGGAGACAUAUUUGACUGUAUACAGAGGGGGAAUUUAGAACAGUGCAUACACUUCAUCCAAAAUGACCGAUCAAUCUUAAAGCAGAAAGGUUGGGGUGGUUUUACCCCUCUUCACUACGCUGCACUACAUGGGAGUCGUUCAAUGGUGGAUCUCUUCUUAAGUAAUGGAGCUGACCCUAACCUAACAUGUGAUGCUGGACAGACAGCCUUUCAGUUUGCCUGCAGGCAGGGAAACAUAUAUAUUAUACAUCAAAUGAUGCAAUAUGGUGCUGAUUUGCGUAUCAUAGACCUACAAGGGAAGACAUCUCUGCAUCAUGCUGUCACUGGGGGCAACAUUGUUGCAGUGCACUAUCUGUGGGAGACAGGGAUGUUCAGAUUUUGUGAUACAGACAUGUACAAAGUGACACCUCUUCACUUGGCUGCAUCCACAGGCAACACAGAGGUGGUCCGAUACCUGCUUCGAGACCAGAGAUGUGCAGUAGAAGCUGUUGACCAGCAGGGAGCGACAGCACUUCAUGUUGCAGCAGAGCGAGGAGGAGUAGAGGUGUGUUGGACUCUGCUGCAGAAAGCAGGGUGCAGAAUGCUCCAUCAGAAGAACCAUAGUGGCCUCACACCAUUGGAUCUCUGCAAACAAGGGAAGACAUUUAGACAUCAGCAACUCACCAAACUACUGAGUCGGUACAUUAAUGAGCCCUUAUACCAGAAGCCCAGAGAGUCCCAUGUAUUGUACUACUGGACACUGUUUUUCCCCUUGCUGAGCGGUGCUGUCAUUCUGCUCAUAGCUGCCAUGUUGGGGGUGUAUGGUAGCCUUAUAUGUGGUCUGCUAUUCCCCUGGCUUGCCAGAAGUAUAUUUACUCAGUAUCAUCGCAUGACAACAUACCAAAGGCUACCUAAUCCAGUGUACUUGGGAACACUCAUCGCUGGUUUGUUCCAUUCUCUCCUCUGCUUCUAUGAGAAAAUCAUGCCUAAUAGUGUCUGGCCAGCCUCUCCAUUGGUCCAAGUGUCAAUGAUCCACUUCUCCAUAGUUUUGUGCUUGUUCUGUAAGAUAUUAAUACAGGAUCCUGGAAGGUUGAAAAGAGAAGAAGCCAAUCCUAGGUUUUCCUGUAUAGCUGAUUUAGUCGAGAACAACCAAAGUCAUCAUAGAUUCUGCCCAUAUUGUGAAUUGUUUCUGCCUGACAACACAAAACACUGUAAGCUUUGUGACGUCUGCAUUAAGGACUAUGACCAUCAUUGCCUUUUCCUGAACCGGUGCAUUGGCCAGCACAACCAUCGGCUCUUUCUUCUUUUUAUUUUGUCCAUGGGGGCAGCUCACAUUCUCUUUGGAGCAACAGCAACAAGUUACUUAUACAACAAAAAUCCAGUGGGCAGCCACACCUUUUCGAUGUGGUUAACACUGGUUGGAGAGGAGUUUUGGGUAGUGGUCUUGUUGGUAAUGAAUGUACUGACUCUCCUUUGGGAGGUAUGGCUACUGACCGAGCAAUUUGAAGCUAUAGCCAACGGCACUACCACCUACUUCAGGCAGUGUGAAACAGGGUCCAGACACAAGUCUCCUGUGCAACGCUGGGCUAGUGUUCUAACUUUUAUUUUGGAGGGGCGAAAGCGGGUUGGUAGUGGACCAACACGUGAGAACAAAUCUGCCAUAGAUAUCUAACACUCUUACAACUUUUUGUGUGAUAAUGGUCACUUAAUGAUGUUUAACUAUGUGUUUACAGUUUAUGAAGUGUGCAGUUGUGAUGUAAUACUGUAAUGCCAUUUAUGUGUACUUGAACUCAAACCUUGCCAUCGCUUAGCUUUAAUAGCUUCCUGUGGUUUUAAGCAGCUUAAAGAAGAUAUCAUACUUACACCAUAUAAUUGUUUUAGUGACCCCACUGAUCGUGACUAAAUAAUCAUGUCUUUAUGAAUAGUUUACAAUCAUGUUAUGGAUCAUUUACAAACUGUGAGUCGCAUAUAUUUUGUAUUUUAA